AUGGAAUAUACGUUGGAAGAUGCUCUCGAAACUCUAAAAGACAUUGAAACGGAGCGUGAAGAAGAAAUAGAGCAAUUAUUAACUGAUACUUUGAAUAAUGGUCCAGUCACUUUGAACGCUUCUUGUAAUCCAGAGGACGUGAGAAAAAAACAACACAAAUUGUGUAUAAGUUUAGCAAAUCAGAUUCGUGAAGAAAUACCCAAAGAUUAUCCCAUUCCGAACACGUCUGAUUUGCAUUUUGAAGUUUUAAAGGAAUUAGAGGAAGAAGUUCGAACUGUUGAACAACUUUUGGAUAAAACGGAAACGUAUCUUUCAGAAAUCGAAGAUGACAUAUCCUUCUUAAAAAGCAAAAAAGAGGGCUUGAAGAAGAUGAAAGAAACUUACUUAGACGCAACCGAACUGACAAACAAUACAAAUUACGAUAAGGAAUUACAUCUACUGAAACGCAUAUUUUAUAGUACAAAAAAUGAUUUGUACCUCGUAGUGCAGAAACUGUUUCCAAACAAUCGAAAUUUCGAGAAAUUUCUAGAGGAUUUAACGUGUGCAUAUACAAAAGGGGGUGAUGAUUUGUACGUGAAUAUUACCCCACAACAUUUGGUAUUUGUACAUUUCCUUAUUGAAGCUGACAUAGUUAUGUAUCAUAGAAAUGAUAAAAGUAAAGUUAGACUAAUGGAUAUGUUAUAG